GGCAGCGCUGAGCCAGCGGCGCUCACCUUCCGGCUCUCUCUCUGCUUCUCUGCGCCUCCGCUCCGCUCUCCGCCCGCCGCCAUGACGGAACAGGCCAUCUCCUUCGCCAAGGAUUUCCUGGCCGGGGGCAUCGCCGCCGCCAUCUCCAAGACGGCCGUGGCCCCGAUCGAGCGCGUCAAGCUGCUGCUGCAGGUGCAGCACGCGAGCAAGCAGAUCGCGGCCGACAAGCAGUACAAGGGCAUCGUGGACUGCAUUGUGCGUAUCCCCAAGGAGCAGGGCGUGCUGUCCUUCUGGCGGGGCAACCUGGCCAACGUCAUCCGCUACUUCCCCACGCAAGCCCUCAACUUCGCUUUCAAGGACAAGUACAAGCAGAUCUUCCUGGGGGGCGUGGACAAGCACACGCAGUUCUGGAGGUACUUCGCAGGCAACCUGGCCUCGGGCGGGGCGGCCGGGGCCACCUCCCUGUGCUUCGUCUACCCGCUGGAUUUCGCCCGAACCCGCCUGGCGGCCGACGUGGGCAAGUCGGGCAGUGAGCGCGAGUUCAGGGGCCUGGGAGACUGUCUGGUGAAGAUCACCAAGUCCGACGGCAUCCGCGGGCUGUACCAGGGCUUCAACGUGUCGGUACAGGGCAUCAUCAUCUACCGUGCCGCCUACUUCGGCAUCUACGACACCGCCAAGGGCAUGCUCCCCGACCCCAAGAACACGCACAUCGUGGUGAGCUGGAUGAUCGCGCAGACCGUGACGGCCGUGGCGGGCGUGGUCUCCUACCCCUUCGACACCGUGCGGCGCCGCAUGAUGAUGCAGUCGGGGCGCAAAGGAGCCGACAUCAUGUACAAGGGCACCGUGGACUGCUGGCGGAAGAUCCUCCAGGACGAGGGCGGCAAGGCCUUCUUCAAGGGCGCCUGGUCCAACGUGCUGCGCGGCAUGGGCGGCGCCUUCGUGCUGGUCCUUUACGACGAGCUCAAGAAGGUCAUCUAAACGCCUGGCCGGCCGCCGCGACCGCCCCGCGUCAUCCCGCACUGUGACGGACCACCGACUUCCAGAGAUUCCAGCGUCCCUGCCGGGGCCGGGCCGCCCCGCGCCGGGGGCGCCUCACUGGCAGACCAUCGGCCCU